UUUUCUUUUAAAGAAACAAAUGGUUGAAGAACGAAAACAAAAAACAUUCGCUGAUCCAAAAGUUGUACAAGCUAAAAAGGCAGCCAAAAAAAGCAAAUUACCUGCUGUUAAUUAUAAUAAUGUUCGUCCUGUUCCGUUGGAAUUAUUGUCGAAUGAUUUUCCAGCCAAACCAUCAGAACAUUCACCUCAUCAAUAUUUAAAUGGUCGUUCACUCGAAAGGGAAUCCCCCUCUUCACAACAAACAACAAUAACAUCGUCACCAACACCUCCAUCUAUUCAUCAUGAACAACAACAACGUUUAUUUUCGAGUGGUGGUAGUGAGAAACAUGUUGAUGAACAUCGAAAAAAGAAGUCUUAUGGCAAUCCAAAAUCAGCACAAUCUAAAAAAUCAUCAAGAAAAUCAAAAUUGUCAACACCUAAUACUUAUAAUAAUGUUAGGCCUGUUCAAUUGGAUUUGAUACAACAAAAUAAUGAAUUUGUUACAAAUGGAACAUCAGAACAUUCGCCUUCACUAUCUUCAAAUCAAUAUUUAUCAAAUCGAGUAGAACGAGAAUCGCCUAGUUCAAAUUCAAAAACGCCAAUGACAACACCUUCACAAACACCACCAACAGCUCCUCCUCUACAAAAUGAUUUACAACAACAACAACAAAAUUUGGGAGGAAAUAAUAAUAAUAUUGUUAAUGGAGCUGGUGGUGACAUACAACCGCGAAGAUUCUACUCUCUCUUCGAUCCAGAUUCACGUGGAUUCUAUUUGGGAGAACAAAUUCUAGGUGAAUUUUAUCUACCUCGUUUACUUCAACCUUCUAGUAUAUAA